AUGCUUGGAGUCCUCUUCGCUACGUUGACUCUGGCAGCUACAGCCUUUGGCUGUGGGGUUCCUGCCAUUCCACCCAGUGUCUCUAGAGUUGUCGGAGGGGAAAAUGCCAGACCCUACAGCUGGCCCUGGCAGGCCUCCCUUCAAUACCUUUCCAAUGGCAAAUGGCACCACACCUGUGGAGGAACCCUCAUUGCCACCAACUGGGUGAUGACAGCUGCACACUGCAUCAGUUCUUCUAGGCAGUAUCAAGUAUAUCUUGGAAAAUACAACUUAGCAGCUGUGGAAAAAGGAUCAGUUGCUCUUCCUCCAGAAAAAAUCAUUGUCCAUGAGAAAUGGGAUCCACAGGAUGUUGCAAAUGGGUAUGACAUUGCUCUGAUCAAACUCCCUGAACACGUGUCCCUGAGUGACCACAUCCAGCUGGCCUGUCUGCCCCCUGCCCAGAGCAUCCUGCCCUCCAACACUGCCUGCUACGUGACAGGCUGGGGAAGACUGCAGACCGAUGGACCUCUUCCAGAUGACCUGCAGCAAGGCCUUUUGCUGGUGGUGGAUUAUGCAACUUGCUCUCAGCCCAGCUGGUGGGGAAGCAUUGUGAAACCCACCAUGGUUUGUGCUGGUGGGGAUGGAAUCAUCUCCAGCUGCAAUGGGGACUCUGGUGGCCCACUGAACUGCCAAGGUGCUGGUGGCAGGUGGGAAGUGCACGGUAUUGUCAGCUUUGGCUCUUCUCUUGGCUGCAACUAUUAUCACAAGCCUUCUGUCUUCACCCGGGUCUCUGCUUACGAUGGCUGGAUCCAGCAGGUUAUGGCAACGAACUAA